AUGUUUUAUGCACAGUUUGUUCUUUCAAAGAAGGGGCCUUUAGCCAAAAUUUGGCUUGCUGCUCAUUGGGAAAAGAAGUUGUCGAAGGCGCAGAUUUACGAAACGAACGUCCAAGAUGCAGUUGACGAAAUCCUUAAACCUAAGGUCAAGAUGGCGCUGCGGACAACAGGUCAUCUGCUUUUAGGGAUAGUUCGUAUUUAUUCGCGCAAGGCGAAGUAUCUCCUAGCAGAUUGCAACGAAGCAUUUCUCAAACUAAAAAUGGCAUUUCGUCCGGGUCAAGCCGAUAUUAGUGAAGAUGGACAUCAGAUGGAUAGCAGUGCCAUUAAUUUGCCUGAGGUGUUCCAUGAUUUUGAUGCCGCUCUACCAGAUUUCAAUGAACUUGAUUUUGACAGUCAUAUGCACAUAAAUCAAAGUCGUAUAGAUGACAUUACAUUGAAAGAGGAUGUCAUUCCUGAGUCUAGCGACAUGGGAUUUGGGGGAGAUUUCGGUGUAGAUGAUUUUGGCGAAAGUUUGUUGGGUUUUGUUAGUGAUGCAGAAGUAGAAGGGGCUCGUGAAAGAGUCUCGGAUGCGUUAGGAGAUCUCAAUUUGGCUUCAAAGUCCAUAACAUUAGAAGAGGAUUCUCUCAACAAGGGUAUUGAUGGGAAGUCGGCUGAUAUUGAUUUGGGAGAGAAUCUUGCAAUUCCUGAUGCAGUCGAUGAUUUUGGGGAUUUUGGAGCUGAUAAUAUGCUUGAUGAUGUCGUUUUCAAUGAAAAUGAGUUGACUAAAGGGUUAGACGCUAUGGAGGCUCCCGGAGCAGAACACGACUUCCCAGUUGAAGCUGAUGAAAUUGGUGGUGGAGCAGUAUCUGGGCUUCAAAUAGCUCCAUCAGCAAAUGGUGUUGUAAUGUCUGAAAGCUUUACUUUGGAACCAUUGGAUGCUGCUGCAAUAGCAAUGGCUGGCAUGGAGAAGACAGUACGUCCUAAAAAGAAACGAAGGCUUAUAGUCGAUGAGCAAAAAAAUAUUUCUGGUGAUGAGAUGAAAGCAAAUAUGGCAGAUUACAGGGACACUUUGCAACCGCUGGAUCUGGCCCCACCAACUCGAAGGCUUAUGCGAUUGCGUGAAAUGUCAUCUGCUGAGAAAUUGUAUAGCAAUCCUGGCUGUUCAGCAUUACGCUCUCCAGAAAUAUUGAAGCUGUAUCGCUCUCAUCUGGUUCUGCGAGCGCGUACUGCUUCAGCGGUCCUGAAUGAUGACAUACGUCGAGAUCUUGAAAUGAUAGACCAUGUAGAUGUAAAUAUUGAACCUGAGGGCAGUAUCGCUUCUGGUUGUAUGGAAGAUCGUGGAGAGGAUUUUGAUGAUAUAGGUGGUGGCUUAUCGCCUGUGGCUUCUCCUGUACCAAUGGAACCAAUUGCAGAGGAAGAAGCUGGUUCUGCAAUGGCAGAUGAUUUGUUAAACAGUACAGCAAAAGACCCCUUUUCUGGUCCAGAAAGAAAACGUGAACGAAGAAGCCGUGUCGAUAGGACAACCGAUGAUGAUGAAACAACUGCUGAAGGGGAAGAUGACCACAAGUGGAGCAAAAGGACUCAAAACGUUUUAAAUUCUAUCUGUUCCAAGAUUAAGGCCUCACCGGACGCAGAGAUUGUCAUGUCCGAUCUGUUAACUAAGAAUUCAACUCGCAAGACUGCUGCGCAAAAAUUCUACACCUUAUUAGUUUUAAAGAAAUGGCAGGCUAUUGAAGUCCAUCAGCAGGAACCAUUUGGCGAUAUUAGCAUAACUGCUGGCCCGAACACUGCCGGCACAGUGGCCUCCUGA